UCCCAGCCGCCGUUACAGCCAGCCUCCCCACUGCCGGCUCCUUCUCCUUACACUGAGCAGCCCGGAGGUCUUACUAAGCGUCGUGGGCCUGCGUGUCGUCCUGUGUCACCUGUUCGCGCUGUUCGCACUGGUCGUCGUGUUCUGCAUGAGCGUCCUCCUCCAGUCCCCGGCACGCACCAGAUGGCAACUUGUCCUUCCUUUGUUCCACUGCGUGUCCCUCUGCCUUCUCCCCCUUCGUCCUCUCUUGCUGACGGUCCGGACCUGGAGUCUGACUUACUUCGUGCUGCCAGGCCUACUGUCACGUGUCUGCUAGCCACUGUUGUCACUGAACCUUCGUUUGAGUCCGCUGAUGCGUUUGCCUUAGUUUCUGAGCUUGUCGACUUUGCUGCUCAUUGUCGUCUCGAUUACGCUGCUAGUCUUGUUGCUGAGUCAGAAUCUAUCUGUCCUUGA